CACCGCGCUCGCGCUUCCUGGUGUGUGUUUAUGAUGGGGCGUGUGUGUGUGUGUGUGAGUGUGUGUGAGUGUGUGUGAGAGUGUGUGUGUGUGGGGAAGCAGCAUCUUCUGGGAACUUUGAUUGCGCACUCCGAGCUCAAGUGAUUCAUUUCAGUAACCACUGGAGAUGUGUUAAGAGUCCUCGGCAGUAAAAAAAAAACAAAAAACUAAACAAAACAAAAAACGUUUGCUUCUCUGGAGUGGAGAAAUGGAGGGGUCUGAGGAUGUGCGCUCCUCCAGAGUCAUCAGGGUGGUUUUCUUGGCACUGCUGCUUGACUUGCUGGGUUUCACCUUAAUACUUCCCCUGCUCCCCUCCAUCUUGGACCACUACAGUCAAACUGGGGACGGCGUGUAUCAGUCAUUACAGAGCGUGGUGGACUGGUUCAGAGGGGUGGUUGGAGUUCCUAUGGAAACUAAAUAUAACAGCGUUCUUUUUGGAGGUCUGAUAGGCUCUCUCUACAGUUUGCUACAAUUUCUGUCGUCGCCCAUUACUGGUGCUCUUUCAGAUGAUUAUGGAAGAAAACCACUGCUGCUGCUAACAACCGUAGGUCUAAUGUCAUCCUACAUUCUGUGGGCUUUCUCUCACAGUUUUACCAUUUUUCUGCUGUCUCGAGUGGUUGGAGGAAUCUGUAAAGGUAAUGUCAGCCUGUGCACCGCUAUUGUUGCGGACCUGCCUUGCCCUAAAGCACGAAACAAGGGAAUGGCGAUGAUUGGUGUUGCGUUCUCCUUGGGGUUCACACUGGGUCCAUUAAUGGGAGCAUACUUUGCUCUCAGACUCAAAGACGCUGAGGUGUUUUAUCAAGGCCCGGCCAUGCUGGCUGUCCUAUUUUCUUUAGCGGACCUGCUAUUUAUUUUCUUCAUGCUGCCAGAAACUUUAAAAAAGGGGACAUCAGAGUCUUCAGGCAUUCAACAAUCUGGAGAUCUUCUUCACCCGGUUGCACUUUUCAGUUUCACUGCUGUGAAAAGGACAGAGAGUCCACCAUCUGAACAAAAAAUGCAAAAUCUUAAAGUGCUUGGAUUGGUUUACUUCACAUAUCUGUUUCUGUUCUCGGGGUUGGAAUACACUUUGAGUUUUCUGACACAUCAGCGUUUCCAAUUUUCCAGCAUGCAGCAGGGGAAGAUGUUCUUUUUCAUCGGCAUUACCAUGGCAGUGAUCCAGGGCGGAUAUGCCCGCAGGAUCAAACCAGGUCAUCAGAUCCAGACUGUUGGCGUGGCAAUUAUAUCACUUAUACCAGCAUUCCUGCUGAUUGGAAUGGCAUGGAAUUUGACACUACUCUAUUCUGGCUUGUUUUUGUACUCUUUUGCUGCUGCUAUUGUUGUUCCAUGCCUUUCAACACAAGUAUCUGGACAUGGUGAGCUCAGCCAGUCAGAAGGAACAGUAAUGGGGAUCCUUCGUCUUGGCGCUUUAGCUCGAGCACUGGGCCCUAUUGUGGCUUCUUCAGUGUACUGGUUGGCUGGAGCAGAAUUAUGUUUUAUGAUCAGUUCAGCAUUCUUUAUAGUCCCUCUGAUUUUACUGAGACGGCUGAGGACACAGAAGGAAGAAUGAGACUGAGACUUCUAAGAUUCAUUCUUGUGUCAUAAGAGGGUCAGACCUCCCUUUCUCUUCUAAAAGCAUUAAAGCCCACUAAGGAAAGGUUCAAUAUAAAGUGUUUACAAUGGGAAAAAAAAAGUGUGCUUAUGAAAUUGGUUUACAUUGAAGAACAGUAAUUGUGCUUAUGAAAAUACUGUAAAUAGUAAAGCAAUAUUUUAUUAAUGUAUUUUUGCAACACUUAAUCGACAGAUACAAAUGUUUGUACUUCUGUUUCAGUGCUACUUAUUUGCAAGAAUUACAUUAUAUAUUUGGUUAAUAUGGCUGCAUAUACACACUGGUACAUAUUGUGAAUACUGAUUGUAUCUUUUCCGUCAGAUGUAAAAAAAAAAUAAAAUAAAGAUGAUUAUUGUCUAUUAAAA